AUGACGCGGGGCAAUCAGCGCGAUUUAGCCAGGGAAAAAAAUCUGAAAAAUCAUAAAAAUAAAGGACAAUCAGCAGCGGACACGGAAGCUAAUAAAGGUUUAUCAUUACAAGAACGUCAAUUACGGGAUGCUGCAAGGAUGCGUGAAAAACAACUAUUGGCACAACAAAAGAAAACUGCUGGAAAUAAUAAUGAGCCAGGUGGAGGGGCGACGGCCAACGAUCCGAUGAUUAGAUCAUUCUUUCGCCGUUACAAAUUAUUUCUUUAUAAUGUUACAUCUGCAGCAGUUGCUCUUACUCUGGGCGAUUUUUGUGUACAAACUCUAUAUGAUAAAAAUAAAACUCUAGACGAAAAACGUUUAUUCGCAGCAUGCAUCACUGGGGCGACCAUGGGCGUUGAAGGACAUGUUUGGUAUGGAUUUCUUGAUCGUAUUAUAGCUCAAGCAACGUGGCGUAAUUCGUUGAAAAAAGUUGUAUGUGAUCAAACCGUUGCUGCACCUAUUUAUACAGUUACAUAUAUUAUGGGUACAUCCAUUCUGGAAGGACGAACAUCAUUCGGUCUAUUAAAAAGUGAUAUGAAAGAAAAUUUUGUUCCACUUUAUCUAGCCGACUGUGUCAUUUUCAUACCUGUGCAAAUGAUCAAUUUUAGAUACAUACCUGCAUAUUAUCGCGUUCCAUUUAUGUUUAUGGUAUCAUUUAUUUUUAAUAUGUUUCUUAGUGCAUACAAGCAUACACAUGAAGAACAUGCGAAAAGUAAAUGA